AUGGCUUCCGUCUCUGAGAUCGGCUCUGAGAUCGCCUGGGUCUACUCCGCCCUCAUCCUGCACUAUGACCUACGACUGACCUUGGUCACAGAGGAUAAGAUCAAUGACGUCAUUAAAGCAGCUGGUGUCAGUGUUGAACCGUUCUGGCCUGGCUUGUUUGCAAAGGCUCUGGCCAUUGUCAACAUUGGGAGGAGCCUCAUCUGCAAUGGAGAGACUGGUGGGCCUCCCCCUCAGGCAGCUGGAGCCACACCUACUGCUGGUCCUGCCCCACCCACUGCUGCUGCACAUGCGGAAGCCAAGAAGGAAGAGUCUGAGGACUCGGAAGAUGACACGGGCUUUGGUCUUUUUGACUAA